AUGGUUCACCACCUCGAUGGGUAUUCUUUGCUCAUUGUUUCCACAUAUUUCAAAACGCCUUCCGACUAUUUAAAUGUCAUUCAAGUCUGUAAAAAGUACUCAGAGACUCUUGACAAACUACAUUAUAACCCAAUCGACUUCCCAUCCCUUUUCAAGAAGCUUGAAACUUUGCAUGUGUAUACAGAACGCUCGAUGUCAUUAAUUCAAGCAAAUGAUUUGAAACAUCCAGAUGACGUAGACACUCAGAGAAGAGUGAUUCAUCUCCCAGUGCACUCGACGUCUCUUCCUUCCCCUUUUCUCACAACAUAUUUGACCGUCGAGUUCACACAAAGUGACUUUAAAACACUUGGAAAUGCCAUCCCAGAAGGCACACAUCGGAUCUCCCCAUUCGCAUUUCAGACUUCGACACAUACAAGUCUCUAUAUCCCAAGUACUGUCUCUUCAAUCGAUCCAAGGACGUUCGAGGGGUGUUCUUCCAUUACUUCUCUAUACACCAAAAACAACCAAUUCGAUCACAAAGUGUGUUACACCCUCUCUAAGCUCUUUCUGAAUGGUAACACUCAAUGCAAAGUUGUCGAGUUUCUUGCUUCAGACAGACGUGCGUUGAACUACACCAUUCCAGAGAGUGACAACGUUCUCUUUAUAGGAAAUGGGUGCUUCGCCGACGCCGAAUUAACGAAAAUUGAAAUUCCAAGUCAAAUUGUCUCACUUGGCGACUUCGCCUUUGUCAACUGCAGUUACUUAACAGAGAUCAAAGUCCCAAAAAGUGUUUCUUAUAUUGGAAAAAGUUGUUUUAAAUCGUGUGGGCGGCUUGAGUCGUUCACAGGACGUGGAGUUGUGUGUGUUGGGUAUCACGCGUUUUACCAGUGUAGUUCCUUAAGGUCUGUGGAGUUUGCCAGAGACUUCUCAGUGAUUGGGCAACGGUGUUUUGCGGGGUGUUUUAUGCUGUCCAAAAUCGACUUAAAAAGUGUUUCAAAGAUCCCACGUGGGUGUUUUGAGAAUUGUUUUGGACUGAAAGAAGUUGUUUCGAGCGAGUUUUUAUUGAGAAUUGGUGUGUCGAGUUUUCGGAAGUGUAGUAACCUUCGUAACUUCAGAGUUCCAAAGAGUGUUAUAAAGAUCGGGGACAGUGCCUUUGAAGAGUGUGGAGUCGUUUUCUGUGAAGUACCAGAGACGUGUGAAACUAUUGGAAAAGCUUGUUUCCAAAGAUGUGAAGACUUGAUAGCAGUCACGUUAGGAAAUAAGAUCCAACGAAUCUCAAAUGAAGCGUUUAGUCAUUGCACCAGUCUAAGUUAUGUCAAGUUACCCGAACAAGUCGAGUCGGUUGGUAAAAACGCGUUUUAUGGGUGCCAAAAGUUGAUCAACCUCGUUAUACCCCCAACGAAAUUCACAUGUGAGGAAAACUGCUUUUAUCAGUGCCCUGUCCAAAAGUCGAAGUUCGCGUUUCAUGUGACGAAAAGUUCUGUUGGUAUUAAACAGAAUAAAAAGGCAUGUAGGGUUAAAAUGUUUUUAAAAAGUGUUUUUUAA